GGCCGUUGGGGGCGCCCCUGGCGCGCGCCGCUCGGUGUUUCCAGCUCUUUCUCGGCUGCCUUGGGAGGGAGGAGGGGGAAAGCCGCGCGGCCUGGGCGCACGCAGUGGUGGCGCGGGUCUGAUCGGCUUUAGCGCUGUAGUAAAGCGAGGGCAGGCCAGGCUGGAGAACCUCUCAGUGCCUCUCGUGAAUGUGAGCGUAACUGGUAUAGGUAGCCAGCGCUGCAAGACGGAGGUGAAGAUCUGCUGUAAAUCAGUAAAACCAGCCAGGUGUCGAGCGCUAAGGGCAUGAAAGGGGGGUUGAGUGUGUGUGGCCGGAGAUGACCAGGCGGGGAGCCGUCGGCUCCUCCUGCUGUUAGGGGAAACAUUAACUUCAGAGCUGUGCUGUCGUUUGGAGAGAGAGUGGCAAGUACAGUGUUGAAAACAACGCUGAACAGGCGAAAAAGAGAAUGCAAAUUCCCAUUUUUACGGUUGAUGCGUUUACAAGCCGGUCGUUUUCUGGAAAUCCUGCAGCAGUUUGUCUGCUUGAAAAUGACUUAAGUGAAGAUUUGCACCAAAAAAUUGCAACGGAAAUGAACCUCUCAGAAACGGCCUUCAUCAGAAAACUGCACUCCAUGGAUGACUUUACCAAAAGUUCCUGCUUUGGACUGAGAUGGUUCACUCCAACCAAUGAAGUUCCUCUCUGUGGUCAUGCUACACUUGCAGCAGCUGCUGUGUUGUUUCACAUACAAAAAAACACAAAUUCAGUUCUCACUUUUGUGACUCUGAGUGGUGAAUUAAAAGCUAGACAAGCAGAAGAUCAUAUUGUCCUGGACUUACCGCUCUACUUAACCUACCCACAGGUAUUUCGGGAAGUUGAAGAAUUAAUAAAGGCAGCCGUAGGUGACAUGGUUGUUCAAGAUCUCCGUUAUUCUCCUGACACAAAGAAGCUCCUAGUACGCCUCAGUGAUGCUUAUGAAAGAUCCGUGUUGGAAGAACUGCAAGUAAGUGCACAAGAUUUUCUGUCAGCUGAAAAGACGGGGAAGGUGAAAGGACUCAUACUAACUCUGAAGGGAGAUUCCAGUGGAAAAUGUGAAGGCUAUGAUUUCUACUCCAGAUACUUUGCACCUUGGAAUGGAGUUCUGGAAGACCCCGUUACAGGGUCUGCCCAUGCUGUUUUAAGCAGCUACUGGUCAAAGCAGCUGGGGAAAAAAGAAAUGCUUGCCUUUCAAUGUUCUCACCGUGGAGGAGAAUUGAAGAUUUCACUACGUAAUGAUGGAAGAGUUGACAUUGCGGGGCAAAUUGCUAUUGUAUUAAAAGGAAAUCUGUCUUUCUGAAGAAAUUUACACUAGUAGUUUAAUCACCCAUACCUAAGUUUAUUCAUAUUAUGCUAAUUUCUUCUUAGUUAUAGGUGGUAGAUCACCACUGUCUUCAAAAACCUUUGAUUGCUUAAUGUCUGUUUAACACUUGCUUGAAAAUGUUCCUUCUGAUCUUCAGGAUCUUUGAUUUUAUCUUCUUCACUUUUUUUUUUUCUCACAACUUGAUGUGUAUGCUGAUCUCAGAAAUUGUCCAAGGACUUUCCAUUCUCAACUGACUUUUUUUCUUUACGUUUAAAUCCCAGUUAAAAGCCAUUUCUCCUUCCUAGAUUUGUUGUAAAGUUCUCUGACCCAUCUGUGUUAAUUAAUUUACUUGAAUUAAACCAUGGAAAAAAACAGAAGAAGUUUAGAAAAAUGCCUUCUGUUUUUUUUUAUGAAUGGGAUUUUCAGAGAUGGCUGGUAUUAUGGUAGCUUAUGGUACUAUAGCUUUGUCGUUACUUUUAAUUAAAAUUUUAGCAGAAAGAUUUAGGAAAUUAACACUGAUACCCUUAAAAUCUGAGAGAAAACAUUAUUGGUUACAGUAACAGAUAUUACUUUUCAAAGACUGAAAUUUUACUCUUAGAUUUAAGUCUUUGUAGAGCAUUCUGCUUCAGAUUUUAUCAUUUUUUUUCCUUUACUAUUCUCUUCUUGCUUUUCUCUAGGUUCAUUAGGAAUAUUGAACUGUUCCAGUUACUCAGGCUAAAACUCUGUUUCUUUCUUAUCACUUCGUUCCUAAACGUUGCUUUUAUUUUUCUUCUUUGAGAUCUUUCAGGAUAGCGUAUUUUGAAUUCAAAGGCAUUAUCAUACUGUGGAAACAGCUGGAUGUGAUAUAAACCUUUAUAAAUGACAAGGAACUCUGCUGUGCCAAAAUCCCCUGUUGCCAGCUUUUGCAAAUUUUAUCACAACUCAUAAUAGCUGAUGUUUUAAAUAAGCUGAAGCAGCUGGAGGCAGGUGACAAUGUGAGACUCCUAGGAUUCAUUUAGCCUAAAAGUUUCUAGCUCCUGUGGCUACAUAGAACAUAUUGAAAAUGUGAUCUAAUUGCACCACAAAACUCCAGAGCUGGGUGACAAACAGAAGGAAUCUCCAAAUUGAAAUGCAUAUUCUUUUUCACUAUUCAGUCUUUUUGAACUUCUGAGACCUGACAUAUGAUAUGUAAACAUGGGAUUAUCAGAUGCAAGACAUGACUGUGGAGGCAGUUCUCAACAGCAGUGUUGCAAUGUCAUAUUUUGUGGCUACCUUGACCUUGCCUUUUCUUUAGCCUAUUUGCAGCCUUUCUUCCUAGUGACUUGGACCUUCCUGAGGAGGAGUAUUGUAGGCUUCUUUAGCUGCAUUUGUCACACUAUACUGGCUUAUGCAAGGAGUGAAUCUGGUCUAUAAUCUAGGAUACUUAACAAAACAAAACAAAAAACCCAAACCUCCAACAUUUAAAAACAUAAAUGAACAAAAGAAGCAACUAUUGUUCACCUGUCCAGAUUUAACAAAUAGACAGUACAAUUUUCUUACCCAAGGGAACUAAUAAUCAACAAAGCUCAAUAAAUUUUAAAUGUACCUGCUAUCUAAGUUUCCUCACCAAAUCUAUAUACUUGCUGUUUGCUUCUUCUUCUUUUUAAGUUUUGCAACUACUUAGUCUCUAUUUUUGUUCAGUAUAGAAAAAUCACCAGAGCUCAGGUGGGAGACUAUGCAGUAAUAUGUUUGUAAUCAACAGAUCAGUUAAUCAGCCAUGAUUUAUUAAUGAUGAAUUAAUUAUACCUGAUUGUGCAGUUCUGCUGCCUAAAUGGAGCUUUAAAGGCAUUAUUUUAUUAAUCAUCACUGUGCUAAUUGCAGACACUUACAGAAGGAUCACUAAUUAAACAUGCAACCAUAUGCAAAACAAGCAAGGCUGCUGAGAGUGGCACUAAUUUUUUGAAUAACAAACUUUAUUCUUCCUGAAAUAUUGUGUAAUUGACCUGGUGAUGUUAAGACUUAUGCAUUGCACAUUUUCAGUCAGCAAUAAAUAAAAUGUUGGGACAUAUUCUGUCUUUCCUAGUAUAAAAAACAUACAUUUUGUGAAGAACUUCAAACUGGGUUACUUAGAGUUUGUGUAGCCUUGUUCACAUUUUCAUGCAAAGGAUUUACCUAUUAGUUUUAUUGGUUGUAUAUACAACUAAUUAUAGAUACAUAUAUUAUAUAACUAAUUGUAGUUUGAUUAACUAUAAUCAAACUUUAUAACCUACUGAAAGAUACUGAAAGUUGCUAGCUAGUUGCAGAGUUACCUUAGGACUAAAUAAAAUGUCCAAUUACGUUUGAAAUGAGAACUCAGACUGAUUGUUUAGUCUCAAAACUGUACGUUUCAUUUCAAAAAGAGGAACACGUUGUUGUUCAAAUUUAGUAAAGCUAACUUCUAAGAGCCAAUUUAGUGUGGAAAAUGGAGAAAGGAAACGAUAUUAAAGGUAGAUUUCUGUGAAGAGAAUAUUAAAAUUUAAAUACAAAUUAGUAUAAUUUGACCUUCAGUUUGUGCAGCACAAUUUUUAGGUCUUUAUAAUGCUAAUAAUGUCUAAAUGUUACAGAAUGUCAUUUAAUGCAGGUAUGCAGGCAUUAGCAUCAUGGACUUUCAUGGAUUUUUUUUUCAUGCAGGUUGUUAGGCCAUCUGCAUUAAUUAAAUAAACCUUUCAGAGAGACUUUUCUGAAACUGCUUGUGUAAAGUUGUUAAUAGUAAUAUGGAAUUCAGUGUUAUUUUAGCAAAAGAGUUUACAGCUCUUGUUUUGAUUAAAAUGUUGUAUUAAUAAUUAAAUUAAGAUACAAACUGGAAAGUUGGAGAACUGUAAUGUCUCUUUAUCUAGGGCUUCUGGUACAGGAAAUUGGCAAACUAGUCUUCGCUACUCGUAAGAGCAUUCAUAUAGCACAGGGAUGUAUUGAAGCAAAAGCUUUAGGUCAGAAGGAACAAAUUAUGGGAAGGGAGUGUACAUCUGAAAAUUCCUAUGCAUUUGAGUAUUAUUUACCAUGAGUGUGUCUUACAGAAGAUUGUUCUAAGCCACUGUAAGUUUUGAGUUAAUCUAUUGCUAGAUCCGGCAACCAAGAUGUGAAAAUUCAAAUGUACAUUUACUCAUGUUACUUCUUUUGCAUGUGCCUCUACAGAGGCACAGCCCAAGUAGGAGCCGGAAGAAAGCACAUAACCAAGAGAAAAGACAUGAAGAGACAAAAAAAAAAAAAAAAAAAAAAAAAAAAAAAAAAAAAAAAUCCCUGAGCAACAUAGACCAUUAAGUUUGUUGCUACAGAAAUUAAAGUACAGCUAAAAGUGAGAGAAAAUAAAAUGAGAAGCAGUUUUUAUAUACAAGAAGCAAUUUAACAGAUUUGCAUAGUAUUCAUGAAAAUCCUAUGCAUUUAUUCCUUGCCAUUUAUAUGAGGAUAGACAAGAAGCAUUCGUGGCAAGUUAUUACCAAAAUUGGAAAGUAUUGCAAAAAGUCAAAAUAAAAGAUUUCACAAAUGUGGACGCAGCAAGAGGUCAUAGAAAGGAGCCAUGUGUACCAUAAGGGAUAGAAGGAAAAUUAGCAACAGAUGAGGUAGUUUUUUCGGGGACUGAAAGAUUUCUUUGUCUUGGCAUUCAUCAGAGUGACAGGGAAACAUGCCAGAAACAGAGGGAACCUUCCCAGGAGUAAAAAAAUGAAAAGGGUGAUGUCAAAUCAGGUAAAGAUUAAACCAGUUCAACUGAAAACUGAGACGCUGCCAAACAGCAGUUUGAAUCUGAAUUCUUUUUUUGCAGAGGAAUAGAUUUGCUGUUGAAAUAAUUCUCAGAUUUAUACAAAAAGAUGGAACACAAGAUUUUUCAUAAUUGCUGAGUAACUGUCCUUAUUUAAUUUCCUAAAAGUUAUUACAAACAAUAACUCAAGUUUCAGAAGAAUGGGGAAAUAAGAUAAAUGAAGAAAUAACAGAAAACUGUGAAAGAAAAGUGAUUAGAUGUCAGCUUAGUCUAAGACCUUUAUUUUGGUCUUAACAUCUAAAACUGUAUGAAAAAAUGAAUUAAAACAUUUCUGAAUUUCUUAAUUUCUUUAGUGAUUCACUUAGCCAUUGUGUUUUUGCCUUACUAACUGGCAAAAGGGGACAUUGCCUGGUUUUAGCUCCGUGAAUCAUGUAAGUAUACAAAUUAGUUUUAUCCACUUUACAGUGUACUGUAAUGUUUUUGGUGAUACUCCCCACCGCCUGAUUCCCAAACCAAACCCACUUUUCCGUAAGUAAUUUUUACCCUGUAAAAAAAGAAUUACUGAGUGGAUUAAAUACAUUGAGCAAAGCCAAGAAAAAUUUUCAAGAACGUUUCUAAAGUAGUGAAGAGGAAGGAAUUUGAAAGAGAGGGGAGUAAGUAGGCUUGUGAGAAGAUGAGGAUGUGCAUUGCCUGUGUGAAGACUUUGGAAUCUGUAACCAGUUUAAGCGCAUGUUUCUUUUGCUAGUUGAUGAUACAGUGACAAUUUACAUGAUCUGGGGAUCAGAAUGAGAGAUGCUCAACUAGGCAGAGCUGGAGUGUGCAGUGAGAGAAAGUCAGGAACCCAAACUAGAAUCCAAAUGUAAGCUCUACUAACCUUUUGUUACGCUUUGGAUAUGAAGCAAAGGAGACUUACCCUGAAUGCCCACCCUGCCAAGCUCAGUUCAGGUGGGAAAUUCCAGCUGGCAUUUGUGCAAUUAUUUUGGUCUCAGAAAGCCUCCUUUCUCCAAAAACGUUUAGGGGUGUAAACAGAAAUAAAUAAUAAUCUUGAUUAUGAUAAUUUCAGGCAACCACAUUCAUAAAGAAAUGGCUCCUUUCUGAACAAAAUCAUUCAUUUUUAAAAACAGCCUUCUGGUUUGCCUAAUACACUUAAUUAAUAUGUUUAUUUGCAGCAGUUUUCUAAAGAUGUAUAUGAUUGACUUAUGUAUUUAGCAUCACAGCCUCUGUUUUAGUCUUUAUUUUUAAUCAGCAUGCUUACUACAGCUUUCGGAAACCUUUCGGCAGUUCACAUUUAAUAGCUGCAAUAGACAAAGUACUCAUUUAACAACAAGCUGCAGGCAUUUUCUCAAUAAAGUUACAAUUUCAGCAGAAAAAAAAUGUAGAUUAAAAGCAAACACCUGCUCCUGUAAAUUACUCUGCUGCAGGUACCAACCCAGGAGACACUGCAGAUGGUUCUGUAUUUGCAAACCUGACCUCAACACCCCAUCAUCAAUCUUUGCCUGAUUGAUUCUCCCCAAAGCAGAGCACACCAUAUCCCAGGGUACUAGAAGACACCUUUGAAUUAGUCCCAGAUAGAAUGCCAAUUAAUUGGCACUUUCGUUUUGUUUUAAAAGUUCUUAACAAAAGGUUCAACUAUGUCAUCAAGCACAGGCACUGGCUAAAAGGUGGUACAAUCACACAGUCCCAGGAAAAGGUCCAAAGGGUAUUGGACUUCAGGAGACAUAAUCUUUGCUAGAUUUCCAUGCUACCUGAGAGCGUGGGUAAAUUGCACUAUGCUCUAGAGUUGUGAGAUGGAUAAAAAUAAGGUGAAAUCAUGAUCCUUAGACCGGUGCAAUAUGAAUUCAUUACUUCAGUUAGCCUUCCCUUCCAGCCAAGAAAAACUGGAAGGUAGAUCAUAAGCUCAGUGUGUUCAUUUUCACCUGCUUUCGGAUAUCUUACUUCUGUUACAGAGACUUGAGACUGAUUAUACUGAUCUUUUCAUAACUGAGACAAACCUUUUUGUGCUUCCUUCAGUAUGUACCCAUGCAAAAGCCUUGUACAAUUUCUUGAGAUCAAUCUAAUCAAGACAUCAUUUCUCUAACUAGUAUAAUUCGUUAAACUAGUUCUAGGUUCUAGGAAAAAGAAACCUUACUAGAUGCUUGCUUUUAUUCUCUAUGCAGUCUUGCCUAUUUGUAUUUUAUCACUUGUACUACUCAAAAUUAAUAGGAAGACACUGAGUGAUACAGUGGUGUGUUUUGUGCUUCAGUGACAUCACUAAAAUAUUUGAAUUUUUUCCUUUUCAUUGAAUGUUUUGAAUUUUAGGGCUGCAUUAUUCUCUGAAUGCUUGAGCUGCAUUGAGUAGCUUCCACUCACCUUAAAGGAGAAAUCUGCUUUCCGUAAUGCCAGAAUACUUUGUAGUUUCAGUAACUUACUAGAUCUCUGUCUUGGAUAGAUAACUGUGGUAGCCUUGUUCGUUUUCUGGAUGCGUAUAUAUGUGGCAGUCAUCUAAGCUGGUAUCACAGGCUGUAAGCUGUGUGCUGAAGUGAAUACCUUGUGAUUUGGGUGUAGUAGAAAGAGAUCCAAACUUAGUGUAAAACUGUAAGCUUGUGGAAACUCUGUUACAUUACUUGGUAUGAUAUCUAUGAAACAUUUGGAUUUUAUUUUGAAAAUAUGUCCUGUAUUUCCAGUUCAUGUCUUUCUAACUUUAUCUUCCAGCUAUUGGAUCUUCUUAUGGCUCUCUCUUACAUUAAAUAACCUCUACUGUAAAGCUCUCAUUCUUGGUUUCUUGGUGCUAUAGAAUUUGGGCUGGAAGUUUUCCUGAUGUUUAACUCUAAAAUUAUUGCUGAUUCUUUAAAUUGAUAGUACCUUAAUUCAAGGCACAUUUUUCAGACAGUCUGAAUUACAAAAAUGUAGUUAUGACCAUACUCAGACACUCUUAUUCUUAAGCUAUAAAGAAAAAUGAAGUAGUACCUAUCCUCUUGCUUCUCAAGGGUGUAUGAAGACGACCAGCUGCAUUAGAAAUAUAGCUGCAGUAUGGCAUUUUUUGCAUUAGGGAUUAAGAGCUGUGUGUAGAUGAUGACAUUAACCAAAUAUAUAUAUAGUUAAUUGAGCAAGAUUGUGUAAUUUAUUUUGGGUAUUUAAAAACAGAUCUGUUCAACAGAAGUGGAUGAAAUAUUGCAGUAAAAAAACUUUUUAUUUGAAAUUUCAGUUAUGAUGUUAGUUAUGAUGUUAUCUGAGAUUCUUGAUAUCUCUAAAGUAAUAAGCCAUGAAAAGAAACAGCUAGCUUCAUGGGAGAAAAAUACUCGAAACAAACAAGUUUUUUGAUAAUAAAGAUUUGGUUCUUUUAUAUAUAUAUAUUGGGUGAAGUAAA